GGGAAGCCUGGCCUGCUGCAGUCCAUGGGGUUGCAGAGUCGGACGUGACUAAGCUACUGAGAUGAACUACAGCAGGAAUGGUGGUGCUGUCCUGAUCAUGCUCCACAGUAUUUAGGGUCUUUAUGUGGUGAUUAUGGACUAGCUUUUUGCCUUUAGCGGUAUGUCAAGGUCUAGAGAGAUGAAAAUCAUCAGAAAGCAGUUUAUUGCAGGCCUCAGUUGUUUACUUGUGAAACUUGGAGUGUUACCUGCUACCCCCAGCUCCAUAGAGUUCGUGUUGACACAGUGCAGGCAACGCACGGUGGCUGCCACCAUCUGUCCAGGUUGUGGGGUGCAUUUCUGCCUUCUUGUUAGACCUUGUAGAAAUCUGACCUGUAGAGUAUUCUGCCAACCAGGCACUCUCUGCUUGGAUGUCCCAGCACAGACACACCCAUAAACACACCCUCUUCCCAGGGUUCACCCUCACCCCGCACCCUCCCUUCCUGGGCCUCCGUACCCACCAUGCCCCCUCCCCAGCCUUCCCAUUCCCAGAGGCAGCAGUCCCUGGGAUCCGUGUCCUCACAAGACAAGGCGAACUCCUGGUCCCUGUGUCCAGCAACGCGUCUGGACUCGGCGGCAGCAGCAGGAAAAGUGGAAGCUGAGCACGUGCUGGCCAGCGCGCCCUCCGACAGGAACCUCUGCCGUUUCCGGGCCAUGGGCUGCCAGACCACCCACUCCAACCUGGAGGUGCUGCAUAGCUGCUCCCUCGUCUUCUUUGCCACCAAGCCCCACAUCCUGCCGGCCGUGCUGGUGGAGGUUGCUCCUGCCGUCACUGCUGAGCACAUCUUGGUGUCUGUGGCCGCCGGGGUGUCCCUAAGCACCCUGGAGAAGCUGCUGCCCCCGAUGGCUCGGGUGCUCAGGGUCUCACCCAACCUGCCCUGCAUCGUCCAGGAGGGUGCCAUGGUGAUGGCGCGGGGCUGCUGCGCUGGGAGCUACGAGGCCCAGCUCCUGCGGUCCCUGCUGGAGGCCUGUGGGCAGUGCGAGGAGGUGCCCGAGGCCCAGGUGGACGUCCAUACCGGCCUCAGCGGCAGCGGCGUAGCCUUUGUGUGUGCCUUCUCCGAGGCCUUGGCCGAAGGUGCCAUCAAAAUGGGCAUGCCCAGUGGCCUGGCCCACCGCAUUGCUGCCCAGACCCUGCUGGGGACGGCCAAGGUGCUUCUACAGAAGGGGCAGCACCCAGCUCAGCUGCGGACUGACGUGUGCACGCCGGGCGGCACCACCAUCUACGGGCUCCAUGUGCUGGAGCAAGGCGGGCUGCGGGCCACGGCCAUGAGCGCCGUGGAGGCUGCCACCUGCCGGGCCAGGGAGCUCAGCAGGAACCCCUCCCCCGUGGUGGCUCAGGUCCCCUCUGUCCUGCAAGCCCUGCAGGGAGAAGGGGCCCUGGCCCACAGGGAACACAGCAGAGUGUGGCCCGUUCCUAGACCCUAAGCUCCUGGCAAGGGCAGGGAAAGCUGGCCCUGAUGACCCUUCCCUGGGUCAGGAGCCCUGGAGGGUCCUGUGGCCUGGCCUCUGCAGGAUUUGGUUCUGAACAUGUCCGUGAAGGGACCAACAGGCCAGGAAAGCCAGAAACGUGGAGCCUUUGUUGGGGGACUGCCCCAUCCCAUGCAGGCCCAAGUGCUGGAGCCCCUUCCUGCCACCUGCCAGCUGCGGGGCAUCUGUGAACAGGGCUGAUGCACCACCGGCCGCCUGCACUCUGCCGCCUGGCCUCAAGCCCCUCCCUAAGUUCCAGCCUCAGUGUCCCACUGGCCCUCAGCCAGGCACUGCUUGUCUGACCCCAGCCCUUGUACUAGUUAGAAGAGUCAGCCAGAGUCCAUUUCUUCACCUUUUUUUUUAAACCUUUAAAAUGGAAAUAAAGAUGUGUCCUAUA